CAGCCUUUACAGAGCAGUUACGUCCCUUGUGUACGAUUUUGUCAUUUUAAAUGAGCACAACAUAAUGAACAUUUACUUAGAAAUUUUAUUUCAAAUUUUGCCUUAAAGCAUCAAGUUAUAACCAUAUCAGAGAGUUGUGUAAUGGAAUCGGAUGAAUAUGAAUCUAUGUCUUCGUCUGGAAAUCAGGGCCACAAUGAUAAAUCUACAGCAGAGUCUACAAGAUGUCUCAUGAUUUCACCUAUGAAGAAACUGAGCGCUUUGAGACUCGUCUCACCGAUUGACACAGACCAAGAAUUGAUAGAUUUGGAAGUAGCCUCUGUGUUGGCUGAUGGUGACAAUGUCUCUCCAACAAAGACUAAAUCCCGAGGACCAGCAUCCACCACACCUGGAAGGCCAGGUACUAUAAUGACCAAUGUGCAGAGGGGCAAUGUACAGACUGACACUCCAGUAAUUCAGUCAUUGACAAUUCAUCAAUUAGCUGCCCAAGGGGAGCUCAACAUGUUGAGACAAGAGAUAGAACAAGAUGCUGCAGUUGACAGACUGGAUGACACAGGGUUAUCCCCCCUGCUGUGGGCCUGCGCACAUGGUCAGUACCUGACUGCCAAAUACCUGCUAGACCACCAGGCCAGCCUGGAUAUCAUCGGUAGUCAUGGAGAGAACUGCCUGCUUUUUGCCAGCUGCUUUGGUUACGUUGAUAUUUUGAAGCAUCUCCUGCUGCUGGGAAUGAAUGUGGAUUACACUGAUGAAACCAGUAGUACAGGGUUGAUGUAUGCAGCCUACAACGGCCAUGUGACCUCUGUGACCUUGCUGCUUGAGUAUGGGGCCGACCUGACCUUGGAGAAUGAUGAAGGUCACACGGCCAUGGACCUUGCUGUGGGGCAAGGACACAAACUUGUUCAACAUGCUAUAGAGACCUACAUGCUGUCAAUGUUUGAAUGAAACGGGUCAAAGUCACCAUUAGACUUGAGGUGGUCACAGCUGGCAAUCCAUUAGAAUUGAGAUGGUCACAGCUUGCAAUCUAUGCAAUCCUAGUAGAGCCGACCAGGAGCCUUCUUGGAUUAUUCUCCAGGCCUGAUUCACAGAGUACAGAAAAUGUGCUCUGAAUAUCAUCAGAAAUGGCAUCAAAGAAAGGGUUGCUCAAGUGUCCACAUUUAAAUGAGUUGAGUUUAGUUUAUGAAAAUAAAAAAUUAUGGUUUUGUCAUAUUAGUGUUGUCAAUGAAUACACAUGUUUGUAAAUCGACAUUUUACCCCAAAAAGGGGGUUUUAUGCAUGUGCAUAAAGUGUCGUCUUAGAUUAGCCUGUGCAGUCUGCACAGUCUAAUCAGGGACGACACUUACCGCUUUUAUAUUUUUUAUCGCAAGAAAGUCUCUUCUUAUAAAAAAUCCAGUUUAGGCAGAAAGUGUUGUCCCUGAUUAGCCUGUGCAGACUGUACAGGCUAAUCUGGGACAAUACUUUACACACAUGCAUUAAACCCUCCUUUUCACAGAGCGCAACUAAAUUACAUGUAUAUAAUCCCCAUCACAAAAAUGUGCUGAAUGAAAGAUGAAGUUGAUUGCGGACAUGAUUUUGAGUAUGAAUACAGGUUAAGUCCAGGGCAUAUUUGCGCAUGGUAAUGCAUCACAGUUAAUUGAUAGUAACGAGACUAAAUAUGACAAUUAUAUACACCUCUAGGCUCUUAAUGAAAUGAAAAUAAUGGGUACAUAAUGCAUACUUGUAACUUGUCUGCUAUGUUAAACUUAUUUUGCGCAUUUUCUAAAUGAACAUAAUUUACACGAUGUUCCUUGUUUUCACCUUAUAAUUUAAAAUAAAUAUAUUUAAAGUAA